AUGCAGGCCAGCCCAGGACCCGGAAGAUGGGCUGCCCAGCCAACAGGCCUCCAGCUAUCCUGCUCCAAAGCCAGGCUCCCCAGCCGGCCAGGCCUUCCCUCUGCUCCAAAGCCCGAGGAGGCCGUCCUCUUCGCUGCCCUGGAGGAACUGGAAGUUACAGCUUCCAAGGCCAAGGUCCAGGGUCACUGUGUACAGCUGGGCAGGUUGUACCAGGUCCCGCGCUCCCCCGACACCCUCGCGUCCUCCUUCUCCGUCGAGGCCAUCCUGGCGAGGCCAGAGCCCCGCGCGCCCGCCGCCUCCCUGCUGUCCGCCUGCGCCCCUGCCUCCUCGGGCAUCUGGAAGGCUCCCUCCCGGUCUCCCGCCGAGGGUCUGCCCCGCGCGUGCCCCGCUACCUGGCUGCCCGCCUACCUGAGCCUGGGGCUCUACCAGCCGUCCCCCCAGCACCCUGCGCUGGGGCUGCGCGCGGCUCACCUCGGCGGCCUCCAGGGCCUCGGCGUCACAGGUAUGAGGUUGGCCCAUUGUAAGGGCCUCUGGAGUCCCCCAGACUGCCCAAGUGAGGACCUUCGGGACACCGAGAGACCCCAAAAGAGGGUUCGAACUAUGUUUAACCUGGAGCAGCUGGAAGAGUUGGAGAAGGUGUUUGCAAAACAGCACAAUCUAGUAGGAAAGAACAGAGCCCAGCUGGCAGCCCGGCUCAACCUUACAGAGAACCAGGUGAGGGUCUGGUUCCAGAACCGCAGGGUCAAGUAUCAGAAGCAGCAAAGGCUGAAACCACCAGCUGUGUCUGCCAUGGCUGCCUCCCCAGACGAGCCCUCCAGCAGCUCUGACACCAUCAUCCAGAGAGAAGACACGGAGUCAGGAGGGGACAGCUGA